UACUCAGCCGGCAAACUCUUUUAUGUCUGUUAGUUAGUCAUCCUAGUAUGUAGUUACUCUCUCACGCAAACCACCUACACUUCAGUUUUGUUUCUCAGAUGUUCCAAUUAGUAUUCUUGAUGUUAUUCUGUUUUUUUGUUUUUGUCUGCUUUCAAUGAUAAAGUGAUUCUAUAGAAGUGUUCAUGUUCACUCUGCUAACCUUCCAAAUUCCAAUAUUAAACUAUGGCCGGCCACAACAUAUGCAUGGUUGCUACGUUUCUCCAUCCUUUUAAUUUGUGUCUUAAACUAUUAAAGCCAUUCUCCAAUGGCCAUAAACUUAAACUGGUUCUGCAACAAUUACAGACCACCUUGCUUCUAGUUCUAGCAUUCAAAAAUAUCUUAAAGCCAUGUUCUACUUCCUCAAAAGAUUGUGCCUUUUAUGUUUCCUCUUGCUAUCCUUUGAUGUUUCACUGUGUUCAUGUGCUUCACUCAGAGACUUGGCUUCUUGCUUGGAUAAUCACGAUAUCAAAAACUUUACCACGCUCCCUUACAAAGAACAUGAUCAUUCCUCUGCCUAUAAUUACUACAAAAUUCUCAAUUUUUCCAUCCAAAACCUUCGGUUCGCAGAACCCGUGAUUCCUAAGCCGAUAGCCAUUGUACUGCCAGAGAGUUUGGAGCAGCUGCAGAAAAGUGUAGCAUGCUGUAGAGAAGGCUUCAUGGAAAUAAGAGUAAGAUGUGGUGGACACAGCUAUGAAGGGACUUCAUAUGUUGCUGAUGAUGGCACUCCUUUUGUCAUCAUUGACAUGAUGAAUUUGAACCAUGUUUGGGUGGACAUGGAGACAGAAACAGCAUGGGUUGAAGGUGGUGCAACAUUGGGAGAGACUUACUAUGCAAUCUCUCAGGCAAGCAAUGAACAUGGAUUCUCAGGUGGGUCAUGUCCAACUGUUGGAGUUGGAGGACACAUUGGUGGUGGUGGAUUUGGAAUUUUGUCUAGAAAGUAUGGUCUCGCGGCAGAUAACGUGGUGGAUGCCCUUCUAGUCAAUGCUGACGGAAAAUUGUUCGACCGCGAAACCAUGGGAGAAGAUGUGUUUUGGGCCAUUAGAGGAGGAGGAGGUGGUCUUUGGGGGAUCAUUUAUGCCUGGAAAAUCAAGGUGUUGAAAUUGCCUCAAGUUGUAACUAGUUUCACUGUAUCAAGAACUGGCACAAAAAGGCAUGUUGCCAAUCUAGUGCACAAAUGGCAAAAUGUAGCACCAAACUUGGAAGAUGACUUCUACUUGUCAUGCUUUGUUGGUGCUGGCUUGCCUCAAGCUAAAACCAAAGGGUUAUCAACAACAUUUAACGGCUUCUAUCUCGGUCCUAGGGCCGGUGCCAUAUCCAUCCUAGACCAUGCCUUUCCUGAGUUGGGUAUUGUAGAAGAAGAAUGCAUAGAAAUGAGUUGGAUUCAGUCAACUGUUUUCUUCUCUGGCCUAAGUGAUGGAGCCUCGGUCUCUGACUUGAACAACAGGUAUCUGCAAGAAAAACAAUAUUUCAAGGCUAAAUCAGAUUAUGUAAAGAAACAUGUUCCUCUUGUGGGCAUAGAAACUGCACUAGACAUCCUAGAAAAGGAGCCUAAGGGAUAUGUUAUUUUGGACCCUUAUGGUGGAAAGAUGCAUAAUAUAAGCAGUGAAUCUAUUGCUUUUCCCCACAGAAGAGGAAACUUGUUUACAAUUCAGUAUCUGAUAUAUUGGAAAGAAGCUGACAAUGACAAAAACAGUGAUUAUGUUGAUUGGAUAAGAGGGUUCUAUGCUGCUAUGACUCCCUUUGUCUCAUGGGGUCCAAGGGCUGCGUAUGUUAAUUACAUGGACUUUGACCUUGGAGUGAUGGAGCGGAUUAGCAAUGGUGCUAAUAUGAAAGAUGUUGUGGAACAUGCAAGGGUUUGGGGUGAAAAGUACUUCUUGAGUAACUAUGACAGGUUGGUGAGGGCCAAGACUCUGAUUGAUCCUAACAAUGUUUUCACCAAUGACCAGGGCAUUCCUCCCAUAUCUUUGACCAUUUCUGAUGUCAAACCACAGAGCAAAUAAAUGAUGCCAUAUUUGUAAAAGGGAUUAGCAUAUUCAUUUGAAUUGUGUGAUAUCACUGUGAUCCCCUGCAUUUGUGAGCAAAUUGCAUUUCAUGUUAGAUUGAGCUUCAAUCAAUUGUAGUAACUACAUCAAUCUACGACUAGUCAGUUAGAAGUUGAAUUGAAUGUGGACCAUAUGCAAACUCUAGAUUGGUUGAAACAUGAAAUGAAAUAUCUCCCAAUAUCUUUUCUUUUU